CGCACGCACAACAGGAUGUCGGUAAAAACACGAGUACCGUAAGCAACAAAACAGUGGAUAUCCAGAUGGGCAUCCUCGAAUGGGACAUCAGUAUGGACAAUAUCCGCGAGCUCGCGAAGAUAUUGGACAGUCCAUACGAUUGGGACGCGUACGGGAAGGAGUUCAGACCGAUGCGAGAAUUUUUUCCUGACGUAUUCCCGUCGCCCUUCGACAAAGAGGCGGUCCUAGCCAGCAGGCUAAUUACUACGUUUUUCAACGACCUCAGUCGGUGUCAGAACUACAUCAUCGCGCGGCGGGAGCGUCUUCCCACAUGGUACCCUUCGGACUACGUGCCUACUUUCACUGAAGUCGGUACGACGUGUCUCCAGACGGAGACCUGGUCGAGCUCUCACCCUCCGAUUCCCGAUCGCGCGACGAUAGGGUCUGAGGAUACACCGCUACUGGUGACAAAGAGGCCCUCCACCCGCCUGCCGGGUGACAUCAAGUGCUCGCACAAGUUUCAGGCAUCCUGGAGGCGGUAUGCAGACCCAUAUCGAACGAAAGAGCAGAAUAAGACUGAGGGCACCGGGGCGAUGCAGAAGGAGUACCAGAAGGUGAUGGCUCAGAUCAACCACUACAUGGAGUAUGUCGGAGGUGUCAACUUCGAGGAGGCCGGAAGGUACGGUUACAUUAUCACUGACGAGGAGGCGAUUCUGGUGCAGCGGGCGGCGAUCAGCGUACACGGUGCGCCAGAGGGAAAUCGUAUUCAGCUGUACGCGUCGCGGGGUUUCCCCUUGCGGAGGAAGGAGACAGGGCCUGUGCCGGAUGACUACAUUUCGGGCAUGCUUGCUUUGUUGUGGAUUCAUCUUGUGGUGGGCUGCCAGGACCCAGGAAAGUCGUACGCGAUGGCGAGACCAGGAUUUGUGAACUUGGACGAAUAAUAGGAUGUAAUAUGUAGUCGCAGGACUACCUGGUACUCACGUCAACUGAUUUGCUGUGGCGCCCGAUUAUAAAUUCAUCGAUUCUGCGAGCCAUUCC